AUUUACCAUUUGCUUACCUUAUCCAAAUCUGCUCCCACUGACUCUUCCUUCAAUCUUCUCCUCUGUAAUCUCUUCACAAUCCCAAAAAAAUCUCACAAUCGUUUUUUUUGCUUCUCUCUUUCAAUGGACACCUCUCUCUCCCACCACGGAUCUCUCUCCUUUCUCCCGUCGCGCCGCAAUUCCGUUAAACAAAACCGCGGCGGCGAUUGCGUUUUUCUCCCCUCGCGUCGUAAGGUCCGGUACGAUUCGUUGGUGGUGGUUGCGGCUACGUCUUCGGGACAGAGCAUCGACGCGCCUCUGGUUCCACGCUCGGCUCAGGGAAGGUUUCUAAGUACCGUCUUGGUGAAAAAGCGGCAGCUCUUUCACUUCGCCGUCGCUGAUUUGCUUAAACAGCUUGCCGAUGAUAAGGAAGCUUCCUUAUCUCGUAUGUUCCUUAGUUCUGGUUCCGAUGAAGCUUCUCUACACAGAAGGAUAGCUCAACUUAAGGAGAGUGAUUGCCAAACAGCAAUUGAAGACAUAAUGUACAUGUUGAUCUUGUACAAAUUCUCAGAGAUAAGAGUGCCUCUUGUUCCAAAGCUUCCCAGUUGCAUUUACAACGGAAGACUCGAGAUCUCGCCUUCAAAAGACUGGGAACUGGAGUCAAUCCAUAGCUUUGACGUUCUUGAACUCAUCAAAGAACACAGUAACGCAGUCAUCAGUUUACGAGUGAAUUCGAGUUUGACUGACGAUUGUGCAACAACGGAGAUAGAUAAGAAUCAUCUCAGUAAAGUAUACACAGCAUCGGUCUUGUAUGGAUACUUCUUGAAAUCCGCUUCUCUUAGACACCAACUCGAAUGCUCAUUAUCACAACACCAUGGAAGUUUCACCAAGCAACUGAGACAUUACAUUUCUGAGUUCGAUCCCAAGAUAUUGCAGAGAUGCGCAAAGCCAAGGUCACAUGAAGCAAAAAGCCUGAUAGAGAAGCAGAGCUUAGCUCUUUUCGGUCCUGAGGAAAGCAGCAAAGAGAGCAUUGUGACAUCGUUUUCUGACCUGAAGAGGCUGCUUCUUGAGGCUGUGGCAUUUGGUACGUUUCUAUGGGACACAGAGGAGUAUGUAGAUGGCGCGUUUAAGCUCAAGGAGAAUGAGAAUGCAGAGGAAGAAGAAAAUAGCAGUGUAUGAAGUAUGAACCAGUUUGCUAGAAGAAAACUUGAAUAUCUUUUUGGUGGACAUUGCAUAUAAUAUAUAGAGAGACGAAAGAUUAAAACAGGGUCAAUAGCUAUAUGAAAUUAUUUUUGUCUAAGUAAAUUAUAUGUAUAGUGUAUUCGUGUAUAAUGGAUGAUUAAUAGAGAGAUUGGUUUUGUCAUUUGUUUUGUUGUUGUA